UGAAAAGAGCAGGUUGGAGCUGGAUGAGUUUCUAAACUCUGGAGAUAUUUUACGCAUAAUUUCCGUUAAAUCGCAUGUCAGAGUCGUCACUGCGCGGAUGAAAGGACAGCAGACUGAUGCUGAGCGGACGUGGAUCAUAGUCUGCAGCUCGAUGUGGAGAUUUCCUCCUUGCCCCUUUCACUGACUGACCUGAGUGUUACAGCCUGCCUCAGCGUGGUCAGCAGGUUUGGGUAAAGACCCAGACACAGUGAGUGGAAAAGCAUGAAGUGUUUGCAAACUGUUCUUGAAUAACAUGAGUGAGUGGACUGUGAAGACAGAGGAUACCGAUCUCCUCCAGACGGACACUGAAGCAGCACAAGCAGGCAGUGGAGUUCAGUGUAAACUGGAGUGUACAGACUUCAUGAUCUCUGAAGUGUUUAGUCUCAGUUCAGGGCUUUCACUGCCUGUGAUGGUGGAGGCAUUUCCUCAAAAUGAUGUUGCUCCGACUGAAAUGACUUAUGGAAAUGUGAAGACGGAGAAUCCAGAUUAUCAAACUCCUGAUGAUACUGAGUGUAAAUUGAAGGACCAAGUAUCACUGGCUAGAGAUACAAGUAGCCCAGCUCCUGAACUUUGUGAAGAACCAAAGCAAUUCUGUGGCUGUGCCAGUAAAGACAUGGUCUCUGCUGAAAUGAACUGCAUGGAAUUAAAGGUAGAGGAUCCAGAUAUUCAAUCUCCAAAACCCUCAGAAUCUCUGGAGUUAUAUGAAGUCCCGUCUGGUCAGCAGAAGAAGAAGAGUACGGAAGUAAAGCUUUAUAAUGGCGUGCAAGACCGCUCAAACAAAAAGCUUUACCACUGCCUUGAGUGUGGAAAAGACUUCAAACGUUUAGAUGUCUUAAAAAGUCAUCAGCAAAUUCACACAGGAGAGAAGCCUUACCAUUGUGCUCUGUGUGGAAAACAUUUUAGACAUAGAGGAACUCUGCGAAAGCAUCAGCGACUUCAUACCGGAGAAAAGCCCUACCACUGCUCUGAGUGUGGGAAAGACUUCAGUUCUUUGGAUAACUUAAAGAAUCACCAGGUCUUUCACACAGGAGGAAAGCCGUACCCUUGUUUCGAGUGUGGGAAACGUUUCAGCCAGAAAGGAAACCUAAAAUCUCACCAGCGAAUUCACACCGGAGAGAAGCCCUACCAGUGCACCCAAUGUGGGAAAGCUUUUAGUCAUUUGGGAAGUCUGAAAAAUCACAAACCGUUCCACUCUGGAGAGAAAUCCUACCACUGCGCUCAGUGUGGGACAGAUUUUAGUUGUUUACUGAGCUUGAAACGUCAUCGACAAGUCCAUGCAGAGACGUUAUACCAUUGCUCUCAAUGCGGGAAGGAAUUUAGACUUAAGGGUCCCUUCCAGAAACAUUUAAGGCUUCACUCCAGGGAGAAGCCUUAUCAGUGCUCUGAUUGCGGGAAGAGGUUCAGCUCUUCGCUGCGUUUAAAACAGCAUUGGCGUGUUCACACAGGAGAGAAGCCCUACACCUGCACUCAAUGUGGAAAACACUUCAGCCAGAAAGGAAAUCUAAAGUGCCAUCAGCGUGUUCACACAGGCGAGAGGCCCUACCCCUGUGUCCAGUGUGGGAAAGCCUUCAGCUGUCUACGCAGCUUUAGAAGGCAUAAUCAAGUCCACACAGGAGAAAAGCUCUUUCACUGCUCGCAGUGUGGGAAAGGCUUCUUUCAUACAUACCUCUUAAAAAAUCAUGAGCGCAUUCACACAGGAGAAAAGCCCUACCAUUGUGCUCAAUGUGGGAAAGAUUUCAGGCUCUUGACGAGUUUACAGUAUCACCAGGAAAUGCAUGCAACAGGGAAUCAGUACUCCUGCUCUCAGUGUGACAAAGAAUUCACCUGCAAGCAAAGCUUAGAAAGACAUGAGUUAACUCAUACCUGGCAGAAACCAUACCUUUACCUUCAGACUGAUAAGUACAAGGAUUGACAACUGUUAACCCAUCACCUACAUUAAAGUUAGUAUGAUGAGGAAAAUAUCAAGAUUUCUGUUCUGGGUAAUGCUCUGUAGUUACACCUUAGAUGAAAAUCUAAGCAUUUUUUCAAUUAAAUGUAAUUCUUUUUCUUUUAUUCACAAUCAAAUUUUUAUACAAGAGCAUCAAGGACCGCACAACAUAGUCAUAUGCAAAAGUUCAAACACUCCCAGUCAAACUUUUUCAUGAUUUUCUAGGUAAGUUGACACAUCCUGAAAUGAAACAUUUAAAAAUUGUCUUCUUUGCACAACUUCUUUUUAUUUGCUGAGUUCAACACAGUGGAAAAAUAAAUAUCAAAUAUAAAAUGUGCAUAAUUUUUGCACAGGCCACUUUUAAAAUUUUAUUUUUAAUUGAGUUUGUUAAAUUGAGUAGCUCUUUGUAGGGGAUGUAAACUAUCAGACAUUACUAAAUAUAAUGUCCUUUCUUCUACAGACUACAUUAGACUGAUUUCAGUGCUUUUUCAAGAAUUCUAAAGGUUCACUUAUAUUAACCUGAGAAUUUAUGAUACCCUGUUGUGAGAACUUCUGCACAGCCACCCACUAACUACACACACACUGUUGCCUCAGGACUGUGAAUGUAUUGAAUGUGCAUUUUAUCACCAUCCCCUCGUAAGAUACAGUUUGACAUUUAUUAAACAAACUUCAGAAUUAUGUUUAACAAAACGCUCCAUGCAACUGUUUAUGUAGUUUAAUGUACCCUAAGCAUAACGGGGCAAUAUAAUGUGUAGCAGUGUCCUCUGUACAGGAUGUGAUCACUUAUUUACACUUAGAAAAUCUGUAAAAUGUAAUUUACCAAGGGGCGCCCAAAUAUUUUCAAACAUCUUUGAUCUUUUUGAGUUUGUUGACACCAUUAUUUAAUUGUGCAUUAUGCAGUUUUGUAGUUUAUACUAAUUUUAAUGUUUGGACACAAGGGACUAGUGAUUUUUUUUUUUUUACAGAAGUAGUAGAAAAACUAGUGAUUAAAGUCAAGAGAUGUUUAUUUAUUUCUUUUUUUUUGACUCACGCAUGCAUCUCAACCCUAAACUUGGAGGCUCACUGCCCUGGACAUUUUAGUGCUUUUCAUGUUUUAACACAGCUACUUUAAUCAAACAAUGGUCUGUGAAUAUGCUGAUGAAAAUGGGCAGGUCAGUGGGACUCCUGCACCAGGGUUGAGAAACACUGCAUUAGACUCCUAUGUAUCUAUAAAAUCAUUAACAGAUGUUCUUCUGAACUUACUCUUACAUUUGUUCCAAUAGAUUUCAAUGCAUACAACAUCAAGAAUGUUGUAUGUUCACUUACAUUACACCUAAAAUCGUAGAACUUCAGACCACCCACACACAUUUGUCUUGCUUGGUACACAAUAUACUGUAUAUGCGAGUGUCUUUUCUCUUUCUUGCAUGCGGACAUUUAAGAGCACAUAGAUCAAAGCACCUAGAGCCACUGAAGACAUCUCACAUAACAAUAAAUGGUCUGCAAUUUACAAGAUGUAUAUUAAGUCAACUUGUAAAAAUUUAAUAAGACAACAGCACAGUAUGCAUCUCUUGAAUUUGGUAGCGUUUAUAUGGAUUAAAUAAAACUGCAAAAAAUGCUAGACGUAUUACAAGGUGAUGUAGUAGAAGACCUGUUUUAGCACUCAGACCUUGAUGUGGUUAAGGCUUAUUGCCAUGUUUAAAAGGUUAAAUGUAUACGUCCAGGCCACUUUAAAGGCUGAGUAGCUAUUUCAAAGUUUUGCUGCUGUUGGGAAAUAAUAGGUAAAAAUUCUUUAGGUUUAUCAUUGGCUAUAUAAGUGAACAGCAAGAAAACCCAUUGGCAGCUAUGGAAUAUGUCUCCCUUAACAUACCAUUUUUAUUUCAUGCCUAAUAUUAUUUCAGAAGAAUGUGUUUUGGUUCUCAGAAUGUCCCUAAAAAAAUUAAAUUAUUUGAUUUUACUUCUACUAAUUGUAGGACAUCCUGCGACCCAGAAGGAUGAAGCUGCUCAGAAGAUGUGUGUGCAUAAUUGUAAGACAACGUCCUUGUCUUGGGGGAAAACAGUUGUCUAUUAUGACCACAGGCUAAAUGUAGAAUUUAGUAUAACUGUUUUUUUUUUUUUAGCCAUAUGAUUUGACAGAUUUGUGCUGAAGCAGGCUCAGAGAACAUGGUAAUACAUGGAUAUUUUAAUAUGGAUAUGGGUUAUUAUCAAUAGGACGACCCUUUUUUGUUUUGUUUUUGUUAUUUAUCUAAUUAUAUAUUUUAAAAAACAUUUUCUUACAUUUCUGUUAACAAAUGUUUUUAUUCUUAACUCUGGGCCGAUUUAGAUUUACUCUAAACUUCAGCUUUUUUUUUAAGAAAACGCUGGUAAUACGUCAUCUUUGCACCCUGAAAGUUGAAAUGGGUUGUUUUACCUGUAUGUUUGUUUUGAUCUGAGUGAAAGCUCCAGUUGAAGAGUGGAUACAGGCAUGGUGCGAGGGUGUGCAUAUCUAACUGCCAAGUCAGAGCAUUAUCUAAGAGCUUCUGGUCCUCUGAUUAGCAGUGAGGUCUUGGAAGUGUUGUCUUCCAUUAUAAAAGCUUUUAUAACUUUACUUUUAGGUAAAAUUACUGAUGUUUGUUCUUUUUUUAUUUGGGUAAUUUUGCAGAAAUGUUUAAACUCACUGAUCUUUUCAUACUGUGUAUUUUAUAUAUGGUUUGUGGGUUAUCUGUAUAUCAUUUGUAUUGUCUAUAUAAUAUAUGGUGACGUGCGUGUAUGUUAGUGUGUGUGUCUCAUCUGGAUUUGAAUGUGUUGGAUGUAAAAGGCAUUCUCAAUUUAUGACAGUAAAAUAUGAACUUUUGGGAACUGUA